AUAUCUGCAAUUUCUUACCAUUUCUCUCUCAACCCGGUCUCAAAGAUUCAAAUCCCACCACAAAUCUCUCUCUAUAAAAGAAAAACAAUGGGUCUGCGGUUGGGCGGCGGCGGCGGCGAUUCAGAGUCCCCUGCAUCGACGGCCACUCACAAGGCCUUCCUCUUCUGCAACUACGUCCUGCUCGGUUCCGCCUCCAGCUGCAUCUUCCUCACCCUCUCCCUCCGCCUCUUUCCCUCACUCACCGGUUUCUUCCUCAUCCUCCUCCACGCCUUCACCAUCGGCGGCGCCGUCCUCGGCUGCGCCGCCGUCACCUCCGCCGCCAAACUCUACGGGACCCGCAUGGCGGCCACCGUCCUCGCCGCCAUCUUCCAGGGCGCGGUGUUCAUCCUCGUCUUCACCCGGACAGGGGACUUCCUCGGGAACCUCAAGUCGUACGUCAGGGAGGAGGACGGCGAGGUGAUCCUGAGGCUCGCCGGCGGGCUCUCCGCCCUCAUCUUCUGCCUGGAGUGGGUGGCGCUGACUCUGGCUUUUGUUCUGAAGUACAAGGCGGCCGUUCACGCCGGCGGCGGCGGAUCGAUUCCGUUGAGGAACGGAAAGGUUGGUGACAGCUGUGGUGAUAGCCAGCUCAAGGACUGGCCAUGGCCUUUCCAAGUUUAAAUGAAGAUUCCAUUUUAUUUUUUUCAUUUUGAAAAAAAAGUGGAUCUUGGAAAGAAGAAGUAAUUUCUACUCUAUGCGAAAUUUAAUUAAUUACUUACUGUAUUUUACUGUAUUGAUUCGUUUGUUAUUUUGAUGGAUACUGUAAUUUUGUUCUACUCUGCCAGUGAUUUAAUAUGAA